UCUGCGAUUGUUCUACUGAGGAUGACUGAAACAGAUUUAAGGAUGUCUGGUGCUCCAUUUUCUCUUUCUUUUUCAGGUGGUGGUUUUCUUGCCAUCUAUGAAAUAGGUGUGAUCCAGGGCUUAUUGGAACAAGCUCCUGAAAUCUUGAGAUCUGCACCAAAGGUGUAUGGAGCAUCAUCUGGAUCUGUCAUAGCAGCAGCUGUGGUGUGUGGACUCAGUCUUGAUGAUCUAAAAAAAUGUUUAUAUGGAGCUGCAAAACAUGCCAGGAGAACUAUCCUUGGUCCUCUUGCCCCUGGUUUUAGUGUGCUUCGGAUUCUACAGCGACGAUUGUACCAAAUUCUGCCGGAGAAUUCUCACCGGAUGGCAACAGGAAGGCUGUAUGUUUCUCUUACCCGGUUGAUAGAUGGUCAGAAUGUGGUGGUUUCUGAGUAUAAUUCCAAAGAGGAGCUGAUUCAGGCACUGAUCUGCAGUUGCUUUGUCCCAAUAUAUGCUGGCUUCAUCCCUCCAUCCUUCCGAGGUGUGCGGUAUGUUGAUGGAGGUUUCACCAACUUGCAGCCUUGCUCUGACGUGGAGACAGCUAUCACAGUCUCACCUUUUACAGGGGAAAUUGACAUUUGUCCUCGAGAUUGUCCAGCCAUCUUCUACAGCUUACAUAUUGUCCACGGAAGCAUUCAGAUUUCCAUAGAGAACUUGUGCAGGAUUGGCUAUGCCUUGUUCCCACCCAGCCACAGGGUUUUGAAUGAAUUUUACUCACAAGGAUAUCGGGAUGCGCUUUUCUUCUUACACAGAAACAAUAUUUUUGAAAAUGGCCACCUUGCCAACACAGCGACAUUUGAGUUUGUUGGGGUGUUCAGUAAAAAAGAUUUGUUCCAUGCCAAUGAAGAUGUUUCAUGCCAAGAGCCAAGGAUGGAAGUCAUCAACAGUUCUAACAGGGUAGCUUCUAAAGACUCCUCAAAGCGACCUGCUUUUUUGAAUGGAACACUGCAUAGAGUAGGCAACAGAUUACUGCAGCAGCUGCCCGUGUAUUGUCAAAAAGCUGUCUUGAACAUACAAAAAAGAUGUAGAUUGUUACGCUCAGCAACUGGAUUUCUACUUCAUCAUAUGACAGCUCCUACCAGAAUGGCCUGGUCUUUUUGUAGACGGCUAGAACAGAUGUGGCACUUUCAGAAGAGAUCAUCUGGUUUUGAAGACAAUUCCAUAGUUCCCCAAAGAGAUACUGUGUCAAAUACAGCCAGGACAAACUAUUAAAAAUCAUGUUGUCCCAGUAUUAAAUUUUUGAAAAAUAUUUUGUUCAAGAAAGCAUCUGCAACUCCUCAGAAGAGCACUCAGCCAUUUUGUCUUCAGGCAUGAAAGCUGCACUGCUUGUCAAAAUUCCUUUGGUAGCAGUUUCCCGCUUC